AUGCUCCCAGGUCGCAUCCACAGCCCAUCAGUGCUGGCAGCGCCUCUGGUCCCCGCUGCAGGGCAGCCCCUGGCGGGGCUCCGGGCUGUGCCCCACGGCGAGCGCAGCCUCUGGGUGCACUGGGAGCGCCCCCCGGCCCCGGUCACGGGCUACGUCCUGGAGUGGCAGCGCGUGUCCUCGGAGCCGGCCCGCUGCAGUGCCUGCUGGCAGAGGGAGCGUGGCGGGGGCACCACCGGGGCCCUGAUCCACGACGGCAUCGAGCCCUUCCAGCGCUACAACAUCUCAGUGUACCCGCUCUAUAAGGAUGCCGUUGGGGUGCCUGUCCAUGUAGCAGCCUACUCCAAGCAGAAGGCCCCAUCCCACGCUCCGAAGCUCCACCUGAAGAGCAUCAGCAAGUCCGAAGCUGAGCUCUGCUGGGACUCGAUCCCUGUGGAGAUGCAGAACGGCUUCAUCACCAGCUACACCAUCUUCUGGGCCAACAGCACCGUGGACGUGUCCAGUGCCGUUGUGCCUUCCUCUAGCAUCUCCUUCUUUGUUUUCUUCCGUCCAGCGCCCAGUGCCUUUAUUCAGAGAGCAAGAUGUUAUGCCAGACCUGUAAGGAAAAGAAAGAAAGACCUCCCCAGUCAUUUAGAUGACCUUCCUCCAACAAUGCUGAAGAAAGAUUACAUGAAUGUACCGAUAAUAAAUAGUGUUGAUGAUGUAGUGAAAAGACUAUUGUCUCUGGAAAUGGCAAGCCAGAAGGAGAAGGUGAAGAUAAAGACUCAGCAGCUAGUGGAGAAGGUCAGGAGGUCUCCCAACGACGAUGGCUCCUUUGAGGUGCAAGUUGCUAGGUUGACUGCCAAGAUUCGCACUUAUGAGGAACAUCUUCAGAAGCGUCCCAAGGAUAAAAGUAACCGUCGUCGCAUGCUGAUGGAUAUGGAUCGCCGGAGGAAACUCCUCGCGUACCUUCGUCGUGUCCGCUACGAUGUUUUUGAAAACACCUGCAAACAGUUGAACAUCCAGUACACUUUUCCCCCUGCCUACUCCAGACGGAUCACCAAGCGCUGGCUCGCCAAGAAGGCUUUGUGCCUCAAGGUUUUCCAGGAGGUGCAGAAGCUGAAGGCACCGGAGAGGCUAAAGCAGAGACAGGAGUGGCGGGCCAGGGCCAAGGCCAGGGCCAAGGCCGAAAAGGAGCGGCAGGCACAGCAGAGCGAGGGGACCGCGGUGUAG